AUACAGAAAUCAUUCUGCCACUAACUCGACCAAAGCUCGUGCGCUGCCCUUGACUGUCACUGACGCACGUGAACACUUGCUAAGAUGUGGAGCCGUUUGCUAGCAUCAUAAACCCUGUUAAAUUCCGGGCAGCUGAACUGUUGAUACAUAACCGUGUUGACCUCUGUUUAUCAGCUUCCAGCACGAUUCGGAUAAAAUGUCCGGUACCGGUAAAUCUCUGUUGUUUUUGCUGCGGCGGGGUGUUUCAGCAACACGGCUAACAUUACCGACAGUGAUCAAAACAAGAAGCUGCGUACCGUCCAUCAGAUGCGGCUUCGUUCAGCAGCGGAGCUGGACCUCAGCGACCCGGACGGUCUGUCCCCGGGCUCUCUGUCAGCUUCAGGCCGCAGUGAGAAGCAGCCAGCUCGGCUUCUGCACCAAGACAGAAACGCCUUGUGAGGAUGAAUACCCACCACUGCCGGCCUACCAGUCGGUUUCAGAGACCACCAAGGAUGUGUACAUAGUGCAGGUGAAAGGUCUACCCUGGUCAUGCACAUCACAAGACCUCCUACAGUUCUUUUCAGAGUGUAGGAUUCAUGAUGGGGAGAAGGGGAUCCAUCUGACAGUGGACAAACUGGGAAGGCCAUCAGGACAAGCCUUCAUCGAGAUGGAGCAUGAGGACGACGUCAGAAAAGCUCUGGAGAAGCACCGGCAGUACCUCGGUCCACGUUAUGUUGAAGUGUUUGAAGUGACGAACACCAUUGCUGAAACCAUACUGAAGACCACCGUCCAGGCUCCAGCAGACGACGGGGUGGUGAUGCUCAGAGGGCUCCCCUUCUCCUGCACCGAGGACGACAUUGCCCACUUCUUUUCAGGUCUGGAUAUAGUGGAGAAUGGGAUCACCAUCGUCGCAGACUUCAGAGGAAGAAAUUCUGGAGAAGCUUAUGUUCGGUUUUCCUCUCAGGAAGCAGCUGAUAAAGCUUUGCAGAAAGACAGAGAGCUAAUAGGACACAGGUAUAUUGAGGUAUUUCCCAGCAAAAUUGAUGAGAUACGUUCUAAGUGGAGGAGGAAGACCAAUCAAGAUUCUUCUCAUUUGGCGAACAGGAGGACAGUCUCGGCCUCACAGACCAACCACAGAACCGUCUCCACUAAAAGCUCAGAUGUGCCGAUGCACUACGUCCACAUGAGGGGUCUUCCUUUCCAGGUUUCUGGUGAAGACAUUGUGAAGUUCUUCUUUCCUCUAGCUGUGUCCAAAAUCCUGCUGGAAUGUGGACCUGACGGGAGGUCGAGCGGAGAGGCUGACGUUUACUUCCGCUGCCACUCAGACGCCGUGGCUGCCAUGUCCAGAGACCGGAUGAACAUGGGACAUAGAUACAUCGAGUUAUUUCUGAACUCUCUACCAGACUGAUGGGAAGAAGCACUUCAUCACACACAGAAGGUGAAUGUUGACACACAGAUACCUAACCACGCAGGAUUAUGUUACUUAUUCUUCAAACAAUAAAAUAAAUAUGAAUUAAUAAACAUUCCUGGUGU